GCAAAUCGGUCGGUACGUGAGUUACUUCCGUUUAAUUUUUUUAUUGUCUUUUGGGGACCGUCCUUUUUGUACUGUUUUUUGAUAAUAUUUAAAUUAAAAUUAUAAAAAUAACAGUUUGAAAAUGGCGGGAGUAGAUGUACAAAAACCAAACAUGGAAAGUCAUCUUCGCACUCUAAAGCUCUCAGGUCAUGUCGGUUUCGACAGCUUACCAGACCAGCUCGUGUCAAAAAGUAUUCAGAAUGGCUUUAUCUUUAACAUUAUGUGCAUUGGUGAAACGGGAUUGGGCAAGUCCACUCUAAUGGAUUCACUGUUUAACACAAAUUUCGAAUCUACACCCAGUCCUCAUACUUUGCCAACAGUUAAAUUAAAAGCACACACGUACGAAUUGCAAGAGAGCAACGUUCGAUUGAAGUUAACCAUUUGCGACACCGUGGGUUAUGGUGACCAGAUUAAUAAGGACGACAGUUUUAAGGCAGUCGUCGACUACAUUGACACACAAUUUGAGUCAUACCUUCAAGAGGAAUUAAAAAUAAAACGUUCUUUAUCGACAUAUCAUGACAACCGAAUUCACAUUUGCCUGUACUUUAUUUGUCCAACUGGCCACGGCUUAAAAUCCAUUGAUCUUGUAUGCAUGAAGAAACUUGAUCAAAAGGUAAACAUCAUACCAAUAAUUGCAAAAGCCGAUACCAUUUCGAAAAGUGAACUCCAAAAAUUUAAAUCGAAAAUAAUCGCAGAACUGCAAAACAACGAUGUCCAAAUUUAUAAUUUCCCAACGGACGACGAAUCCGUAUCUGAAAUAAACACAAACAUGAAUUCGCAUAUUCCUUUCGCCGUUAUUGGCAGUACAGAUUUCAUUAGGGUCGGAAAUAAGAUGGUGCGAGCCCGACAAUAUCCAUGGGGUACUGUUCAGGUUGAGAAUGAAUCUCAUUGUGAUUUCGUCAAACUACGUGAGAUGCUGAUACGUACAAAUAUGGAGGAUAUGCGCGAAAAAACUCACUGCGUCCACUACGAGCUGUACCGUAAGAAGAGACUUGAGCAAAUGGGUUUUAGUGAUGUCGAUUCAGAAAAUAAGCCCAUUAGUUUCCAACAGACAUUCGAGAAUAAGCGCUCGAACCACUUGCAAGAGUUACAGCAGAAGGAGGACGAGAUGAGGCAAAUGUUUGUGGUGCGUGUUAAGGAAAAGGAGGCCGAAUUGAAGGAUGCAGAAAAAGACUUGCAUGCCAAGUUCGAUAAAUUAAAAAAGGAACACACCGAAGAGAAGAAGAAAAUUGAGGAGGAACGCAAGAAACUAGACGAUGAGAUAAUUGAAUUUAAUCGUCGUAAAGUGCAAUAUCAACAAAUCGGCUCCAGUCAUCACACUUUGACAUUGGGAAAAAGCAAAAAGAAAUAACCAUGCUCCUUACUUUAUUUUUCCAAUUCAUUAAUGAGUAAAACUGUAUUUAUUUUAGCGCAUAGUUUUUUAUGUUGCUCUAAGUCGUCUCUACAAUGAAAAUCGUGUUUUGUAAUUUAAGUUUAUAUUGUGCUCUCGCCAGGUCGUAGAAUUUUUUUGAAGCUGCUGUAAUAGGAGUAACGUUUUGGUACAUUUGACAACACUGAGACUGCCAUAGGUCUUGUUACAAUGAACGGUUUAAACUCCUUGCCGUUCACCUGUAAAUGUAAAAAUUCAAUGUUUAUUUAAUAAAUUAAUUGUGUACCUGG